AUGGCGAUGCAUGCUAAGGCGACUCCACCGCAGAUCCCCGAUACGCGUCGGGAGCUUGCCGAGCUGGUGAAAAGAAAACAGGAACUCGCUGAGACAUUGGUGAAUUUGGAAAGACAAAUAUAUGCGUUCGAGGGCAGCUACCUAGAAGACACCCAGAUGUAUGGCAACAUCAUCAGAGGAUGGGACAGAUACCUCACCAAUCAAAAGAACUCCAACAGUAAGACUGACAGAAGAAAUAGGAAAUUCAAGGAAGCGGAGCGUUUGUUCAGCAAGUCUUCGGUCACAUCAGUUGCAGCCGUAUGCGCCCUGGGUGGGAUACCAGAUCACAUGAAUGAAAAACGUGAGCCAGGCAGUGGGACAGAAAGCGACACCUCUCCAGAUCUCCAGAAUCAAGAGAAUGAGCCCAGCCAGGAAGACACGGAAGACGCCGACGGAGCCCUGCAGGACCUGAAACCCCAGAAGGCUGCCUCCUCUUCCUCAGGAAGCCACCACGGAAGCCACAAGAAGAGGAAGAACAAAAACAGACACAGGUUUGACAUGAAGGUGAACAAGAAACCAAGAGCUGACUAUUCAACUUAAUGAAGAGGAACAGAAGACCUGAAAACACAGAGGAUGUCCAUCCGUGAAUAGACAGUUUCUGGAGUUUGUGAACCUGUAUGCCUUUUGGUGGUUGUCAUGUUUUUGCCUGUACUGUGUAUAUUGCUUGAAACAUUCCCCAUCUCCUGUCACCUACCUUUGCAAACAUUUGUGGUCUUUUUUUUUUAAACUUGGAAAUAAAAGUAUGUAUGGUCUUAUUAUAUGGCAAUACAAACUCACUUACUGUAACACACGAUGCUGUUCAGAAAAACCUCAUUAUUUAUUAUGUUAUCCCAUGAGUCUAUGAUUGGAAAACUUGCUUUUUGGUAGUAUGGCGUUGCAGUGAUAGUAGCUCCUGACUGCCAUAGCUCCUUUUAUUUCAAAAGCAUCUUUUGCAUAAAAUGUAAUAAAAGAC